CUUAGCGUCGAAUCGUUUAGUCGAAAGAGAUUUGUGAACGCGUUCGGUUCGUCAGUCAUUGGAACUCUAGUUAAUAAGUGCAGUGAUUUAAGUGCCAAGUGUCUUAUUGCCUUGUAGAAAAUUGGGAUAAAUCACACAAGUGUUUGGCGACGUGGCUAUGCAUUCCUUUUAUGGAUUAUUCAUAUUUUGCAGCAUAUUUGCAUGCAUUCGAGCUGAAGCUGGUGAGUUUGAAAAACUAGUUAUACCGCCAACUGUUGCCAAGAGGGAUCUUACCAAUGGCAACACCAACGCCAGCCACUCGGUGUCCGCUCGCUCCUAUUUGGGCAGCCAGACAGCUGGCAGCGCGGAGUGCGCCUUUGGCACCGAGUGUACGCCGCUGCACGACUGCACGGCCAUGAUCUAUGAGGUGGCCAAGAAUUGCUAUUACGGCGAUAAGUCGCUGUAUUGUGGCGGCGGCGAGGAGAUGCCCUACGUGUGCUGUCCAAGCAGUCCGCUGGAGAAGAACCAGGUGUGCGGCAAGUCGCUGGUGCAGGGGCACUUCUACAAGGGCCUCGGCUCGUAUCCGUUUGUGGCACGCGUGGGCUUCAAGCAUGUCAACACGGGCGCCUUUGCCUAUCCGUGCGCUGGCUCGAUCAUUGCUCGACGCGUUAUCCUAACAGCCGCCCACUGUGCACUGGCCAAAGCCGAUGGCCAUCGACUCUCAUCGGUGCGCGUUGGCGAGUAUGACACCUCCAGUGAUCCGGACUGCGCUAGCACUGGCUUCUGCGCACCGCGCUCAGUGAAUCAUGCCAUUAGCCAUGUGAUUGUGCAUCCCGACUACAAGCAAGGCCAAUACCAUCAUGACAUUGCGCUGCUAGUGCUCAAAACACCGCUCAAUUACUCGGUGGCCACACAGCCGAUCUGUUUGCAAAAGACACGCGCCAAUCUGGUCGUGGGCAAACGGGCGACCAUUGCCGGCUGGGGCAAGAUGUCCACGUCGAGCCUUCGCCAGCCAGAGAUGUCGCAUCUGGACGUGCCGCUCACCAACUGGGAUUUGUGUCUGCGCAACUAUGGCUCGACGGGCGCUCUCGAAUCACCCAACUCCAUUGAGGGCCAAUGGAUGUGCGCCGGCGGCGAGGGAAAAGAUGUCUGCCAAGGCUUUGGCGGUGCGCCGCUCUUCAUUCAGGAGAACAACAUCUUCUCACAGAUCGGCAUUAUGUCCUUCGGCUCCGACAAUUGCGGCGGCCUGCGCAUACCCAGCGUCUACACGAGCUUGGUUUACUUCCAGGAAUGGAUACACGAUAAUACGCCACCAGAGUAAACGCAGCUCCAGUUCACAUUUCACCUAAACUAAGCCUCAAAUUUAUAUAUAAAUAU